UGCUGGCAGAGAGGACCGAGCGGCGAGUCCCGGAGCCCCGGGCCAGGAGUGCCCAGGAUGCCCCGCGGGGACUCCGAGCAGGUGCGCUACUGCGCUCGCUUCUCCUACCUCUGGCUCAAGUUCUCGCUGGUCUUUUACUCCACAGUGUUCUGGUCUCUAAGUCAACAUGAAGAUGACCUUGAUCACCAGUCCCACUCUUGGGUGUCACUGGAGUCCACAGAGCACGUGUUUCAUGGUCACUCAGCAGAGCUGGCAUGGUCCCUGGCCUCCAUGUUCCCAGUUUAGUGCUUCUUCCGCUCAUCGGAGCCCUGGUCCUCUCAGUGGGAAUCUAUGCUGAGGUGGAGCGGCAGAAAUACAAAACCUUAGAGAGUGCCUUCCUGGCCCCGGCCAUCAUCCUAAUUCUCCUGGGAAUCGUCAUGUUCAUCGUCUCCUUCGUCGGUGUGCUGGCCUCCCUCCGUGACAACCUGUGCCUUCUCCAGUCGUUUAUGUACAUCCUUGGGAUUUGCCUCAUCAUCGAGCUCAUUGGUGGAGUGGUGGCCUUGAUCUUCAGGAACCAGACCAUUGAUUUUCUGAAUGACAAUAUUCGAAGAGGAAUCGUGAACUACUAUGAUGAUCUGGACUUCAAAAACAUCAUGGAUUUUGUUCAGAAGGAGUUUAAAUGCUGUGGCGGCGAAGACUACCGAGACUGGGACAAAAACCAGUACCACAGCUGUGAUGCCCCCGGACCCCUGGCCUGUGGGGUGCCCUACACUUGCUGCUUCAGAAACACGACAGAAGUUGUGAACACCAUGUGUGGCUACAAAACCAUUGACAGGGAGCGCCUCAGCGUGCAGGACAUCAUCUAUGUGCGGGGCUGCACCAACGCCGUGCUGAUCUGGUUCACAGACAACUACACCAUCAUGGCAGGCCUCCUGCUGGGCAUCCUGCUCCCCCAGUUCCUGGGGGUCCUGCUGACAUACCUGUAUAUCACCCGGGUGGAAGACGUCAUCACGGAGUAUUCUGUCACUGACGGGCUUCUGGGACCUGGCGGCAAGCCCAGUGUGGACGCGGCAGAGACAGGCUGCUGCAUGUGCUACCCCGGUUAGGACCUCAGCCUGACGGAGCCAGGACCCACUGCUCAGAACAUGCAUGGGAGCUGGGCAGCCCGUGGGCCCUCUCUCCACACCCAGCUCUGACCGAAGCCCAGGCUAUUUGCUCUGGCAGCCUACACAGGAGGCCAAACCCCUGCCCAGCUCCAGGAGCACUGUGCCGACCCACCAGCACUGCUGGGCACAAGAAACAACAGUGUCCCUUCUCUGGGCCUGGGCUGCUGGGAAGGUGGGAACUCAGCCGGGGCCUAUUUCACUUGUGGCAAUGCCUUUGUGUUCCCUUUGUGAUCAGUGUGGUAAUGACCCGGAAACUGGGAGAGAGGAAAGCAUGUGUCCCAUGAAGGAGGGGGUGGGGUCGAGUGUAAUUGCCGCCCCCCCCCCUUCCCAGAAGGCAGCUGGGGUUCAUUUCUCAGCUUCCCAAGUGCCUUGAACUUUUCCCCAAGGGCUGCUGCUUUGCCGACAUCAUUUUUUAUGUGAUUUUUUUUGUGAUGUUUUUUGUACUGUUAAUGAAAAGCUAAUCGAAAUUCCCCAGUCUUGUCCCUCCAAGCCAGUUUAUUAAUCAAACAAUAAAGAUGUGAUUUUU